AGCAUCAAUUGAUAGAUAAAAAAAAAAAAAAAACAAAGCAGAAAGAAAGCAAGAGAGUGAGAUGGCAGAAGAGAGAAAUGUUAAGCUACAUGGGAUGUGGGUUAGUCCUUACUCUAAGAGAGUUGAACUGGCCCUCAAACUUAAAGGAAUACCUUAUGAGUACAUAGAAGAAGAUUUGAGCAACAAGAGUCCAUUACUUCUCCAAUACAAUCCUGUUCAUAAGAAGGUCCCUGUACUUGUUCACAAUGGAAAACCCUUAGCCGAGUCUUAUAUAAUCCUGGAAUAUAUUGACGAGAACUGGAAACAUUCUCCUCGAUUCCUGCCAGAAGAUCCCCAUAAAAGAGCUCAAAUUCGAUUCUGGGCUAGUUUUAUCCAACAGCAGUUGUUUGAGCUUCUUGGUAGACUGCUCAUGACAGAUGGGGAAGCACAAAAAAGAACAAGUGAAGAAGCGUUUGAGAAAAUUAACGUGUUGGAAAAGGGAAUGAAAGAAUAUUUUUCUGAAGUCGUUCCAGAUGUUGAUGACCAGAAUUUUGGAUUUCUAGACAUUUUGGUGUGUUCAGUAUUCUGUACCCAAAAUGUUUGUGAAGAAGUCCAUGGUGUAAAAGUAUUGGAUCCAAAGAGAAACCCCUUCUUGUUCUCAUGGGUUGAAAAGUUGAACCAGCAUCCUAUAGUUAAAGAGAUCUACCCUCCUUAUGACCAGCUCAUCAAUUUCCUUCAGGUUUUCAGGCAAAAUGCUCUCAAGUCUUUUACUUAAUUAGCUUUGCAAAAUGCUGUGUGUUUGCUCCCUCUUUCAGAUUGGUGUGGUUUUGUAGUAAGGCCUAUGGCAUAUUGACCUGGUGUAAUUGUUUUUCAGCUGCAAUGAAUCUGAAAUCUUGAUAGAUUUCAUUCAAAUACUAUUACAAACAUAGGCCAUGAUUCAUUUAUUUAGUUUUACUAGAUAAUUCAAGCUGAAACCCCAGUAGAUCUUUCAAUAAUAACUAAAUACAUUGAAUCUUUCAGAACAACAGCUUUUGCAAGAAGAAUAUAAAUCUGUUGCUUUGUCAAUGACCCUUAUCCUAAGGUGUCUGAAAGCAUAUUUUAUAUCAAAACAUUUUUUGCCUCUUCUCGCAUCUAAAAGGUUAGUACAAUGGAGUUGAAGCUAAAGAUGAUUUGUAUACUGUAAAUUUUUUACCAGGGGUUUCUUAGGCAACAAGUUAUA